AUUACAAUACCGCGGAUUUGUCAUUAAUACUGGGAAAUUAUAAGAAUCCGUUCAGUCAUUUCCGAUAUUACGCCUGAGGUUAAACGCCGUGAACUCAUCGUCCAGGAUUAAAGUGAACAAUUUAACUGUUGUUUAUAAACAUCUUGUAAGAAUCUUCCAAUCUAUCAGAGUGAUUUGAGAUUUAAGGAUGAGCGGUCGACUUACAGAUCCCUAAAAUAGUUUUCCAUUAUUAAGAAAAUAUUCAAGCACUGAUGACGUCAACAACAUUAACGAUGACGUCCACCACACCAACAACCAAUUUAACCAACGAAGAGAAAUGGAGUUAUUUAGUAGACCUAGACCAAGAGGAGACAACUGUGAGAAUGUUCGCCGCCAUGAUAUUUAUUGGUAUUCUCGGUGUUGUUGGACUGUUUGGAAACAUCCUAGUUAUAAUCGUCUACGCCAAAUAUUUCAAACACAACCCCUCCAGGAUUUUCAUCAUCUCCGUGGCUGUGUUCGACUUAAUCAGCAAUAUCUUAUGCAUUCCGGGUGAAAUCUUUGAUUUAAAACAUUCAUUUCGCUUCCAGAACGCUGCCUUGUGUAAAUACUUCCGUUUUAAUAACGUGUUUGCCGCGGCGUCUUCAAUAUCUAUGCUUGUCAUCAUUUGUAUUGAGCGGUACCUAAAAAUAUGUCGCCCGUUUAAACCACAAAUUGAGUUGCGCGUGGCCUAUAAACUGGUUGGGAUUGUCGCGUCAGUGUCGUUCAUAUCGUCACUUCCGGCAAUUGUGGUUUACGGGGUGAAAACCAAAAAAAUAAACAAAUAUGGCGUUGAGAUUGAUGCCUAUGAAUGUAACAUUAGUGAUGAUUACCAAGGCAGUGUUUGGCCAUCAAUUUACAAAGCUGGACAGUUUUUGACGUUCCUUGUUUUUGCCGUGAUACUAAUCGUUCUCUACAGUUUGAUUGGCUUGACUAUAUAUCGACACAAUAAACGGCGAUAUAGUCUCGGUGGUAGUAUCCCCAGACCAACUGUCAAAAAACAACAAGAACUAACCCCAAGCUCUAGCAAUGACGUCAUGGAUAAACCCGACUCUAGUCCUGACACUGAAAGCAUCUCAACCGUUUCCACGAUAGUGUCUAGCCCUUCGGAGAAGAACUCCCCCAAAGUUAAUUUCAAUUUUGACACAUCCAUUGAAAGUGUGUCAGAUGAAAGUCUUUCAAGCAAAAAAGACAGAAAAAACAGCACAAUUUCAAACAAAGCCGUUUCGUUGAUGACCAAAUUAACGUCGAAAAUUUUAAGAUCCUCGUCGCAGUCUGGUAGUAGGAAGGGAUCGGAAACCCUGAAACCUACACAACCUUUUACAGUGAAGUACAAAACAACUUUGAUGUUGCUGUCGAUCACGGCUGCGUUUAUCAUUAGUUAUUUGCCCCAUUUAGUCAUUUCAUGUAUUAAAAUUUUUGUCAAAGAUUUCGUCAGUGGUUUAACGGAUGCCGAGUUUAUGGUUUACACGAUUUUUCUUCGAUCUUAUUUCCUCAAUUCGGCUAUUAAUCCCAUUAUAUACUGUUUCUGGAACAAAAUAUUUCGCGAUAAUGUGGUUCAAUUAUUUUGUAAGAACCGGUCAAAGUCGGUUCAAAAAGGAAGACAAGAAGCAAAGGUCAAUAACAGUCUUUAGAACCACAGCAUCGUUGCAAGCUGGAAUUUGAUGGGUGGCUAGUUUUAUCAUCAUCGAAAUACUAAUUUUUGGGGAUUUUCGAAAUAUACUGUUAGAAUUACCUUCAAUAGAACAGCAACAUCCUGGCAAUUCUUCCAAUGGAUAAUGAACAGAGACCAAGGGGUAUUGGUUCAUUGCGAAAAGAUACCGAAGUUGCCAGCAUAGAAGAACAAUCAGUCGGCCAACAGUAAAUUAUACUCGGUUGUUCCGAUCAAUGGAGAGCAGUAACGCCUCUUUAACACUCGGCAAACCUCAACAGAUUCCAGUAACCUACAUCUAAUCUCGGCUGUAUGACAAAGUCCGCCAUUAGAACUACUUUCAAGUUCCCGGAUUACAAUGGCGUUGUCCAUGACGACCAAUGACGUCAUUGAUGACAACGUAUUUGAAGAAUGUUUUAUCUUACAAAAUUUUCAAAGUUUGAUGCUGUUUUUCUUUCAAGUUUAUCCGAUUUUCUUUAGACAAGGACAAAUUUGCACUGAAAAUUCUACACACUCUUCGAACGACGCAAUUUUGAGAACUUCUUUCUAAACGCGGGCAAGUUUCCCUUAUAAGUAAACCGGUGCCGCAUCGCAAAUGUAUAGGCGUAGGUACAUAUCACUUACUGUCAUACAGCCGAGGCUAGAUGUACGGUACCGGAAUCUGCCGAGGUUUGCAAAGUGGCCUCUUUAAUAAUCAAUUGUUGUGGAUAUUUGUUGUUGAAUCAGUUUUAAUGAUGUUAUAUCUUUAUGAUUAGCUUUUAAACAAUAUAUCAUUCAUUUGGAAAAUAUUGAACAACAGCUCUCUAUGGUAACAACCAAACAGAUCACUCUGCAAACCUCGGCAGAUUCCGUUACUUUACAUCUAGCAGUAGAUGUAGCACUGGAAUCUGCUGAGGUUUGCCGAGUGCCAAACAGAUAUCCUCGCCAGGCUUGAACACGAAGCCUAUAUAAGCUGGACAUAUUGGUUGUUGAGUCAGAUUUGAUGAUGGAGAUUUACUCUAUGAUUGACUUUAAAAUAAAAGUAUUCAUUUAAUAAGAACAAUCUCCUUACCAAGGCUGAAAACGAGUUCAGCACAUAUAAUACUCUACAAUCUCGUAACGAACUGUACAAGAACGGGUCAAAUAUACAUGAUACGGCAAUGCAUGAGACGUUUACUGUUACCUGCCUCAUCUUUCUUGACUCGUUAGUCUGAAAAUAACGUAUUGAAAUAUGGACUUGACAUUAAAUAUUAUUCAAUCACUGUGAUGAUCGUCACAACAAUGAUCGGGCGGUCACAAACAUGAUUAUCGUCAUUUCAACCAUUACAGUCGACAUCGUGAUCAAUAAUCGUUAUCGUCGACAUCAUUACUACCAUCAAAUCAUCAUCGUCAACAACCACCAUCUUCAUCGUCAUUGCUACCACCAAAUCAUCACUGUCAACCGUAAAGUCACAAACAUCAUUGUCAUCAUCAUCAUCAUCAUUGCUACCACUAAAUGUUCAUCAUCAUCAUCCAUACUACCAUCAAAUCAUCAUCAUCAUCCAUACUACCAUCAAAUCAUCAUCGUCAUCAUCAUUUGCCACCAAAUCAUCAUCGUCAACAACAUGAAAUCCAUAAUCAAUAACCAUCAUCAUUAUUAUCAUCAUGAAAAUCAUCACCGUCAACUUCAUUACCUUUUUUUUGUUACAAGGAUAAAUAUUUAAUUUCUUCAGUCUUAGAACGACUGAUGGCGCUUCUCAUGUUUGUUAUGUUAUGUUAUGUUAUGUUAAUGUUAUGUUAUCCUAUGUUAUGUUAUCCUAUGUUAUGUUAUUGUAUUAUAUAAAUAUUG